AUGGCGGAGAGUGCGGAACUGAAGCAAAUGGUGAUGAGCCUUCGUGUCUCGGAGCUUCAAGUACUCCUGGGAUACGCGGGACGCAACAAACACGGACGUAAACACGAACUGUUGAGCAAAGCACUCCUCCUGCUGAAGGCCGGCUGCAGCCCUGCCGUCCAGAUGAAGAUCAAAGAACUCUACCGUCGCCGCUUCCCCACCAAAAUGGUGUCCUCGGCGGACCUCACCCUGCCCGGGGUACACUCCACAUCCGGCGGGGGUCCAGGUGGCCUCCCGGCCGGUCUGACCCAGCUGGGCUUCGACGGGCACGGCACCCCUUCGCCCCUGCUGCCCGUCUCCCUGCUCGGACCGAAACACGAACUGGGACUGCCACACCUGUCCAGCGCCCUGCACCCUGUCCAUCCCGACGUCAAGCUCCAGCGGCUGCCCUUCUACGACGUACUGGACGAGCUCAUCAAGCCCACCAGUCUGGCUUCAGACAACAAUCAGAGGUUUCAGGAGACUUGUUUUGCAUUUGCACUGACACCUCAGCAAGUACAACAGAUCAGCAGCUCAAUGGACAUCUCUGGGACCAAGUGUGACUUUUCAGUGCAGGUUCAGCUAAGGUUCUGUUUAUCAGAGACCAGCUGUCCUCAGGAAGACCAUUUCCCACCCAACCUGUGUGUGAAAGUGAACGGGAAGCCCUGCAACCUGCCGGGCUACCUUCCUCCAACCAAAAACGGAGUGGAGCCAAAGCGUCCAAGCAGACCUAUCAACAUUACCUCUCUGGUCAGGUUAUCCACCACAGUUCCCAACACCAUCGUGGUGUCGUGGACGUCGGAAAUCGGACGGAGUUACUCUAUGGCAGUGUACCUGGUGCGACAGCAGUCGUCGUCAGUGCUACUGCAGAGGCUGCGAGCCAAAGGCAUCAGGAAUCCAGACCACUCCAGGGCUCUCAUCAAAGAGAAGCUAACAGCUGACCCAGACAGCGAGAUUGCCACCACCAGUCUGCGUGUGUCCCUGCUCUGCCCGCUGGGUAAGAUGCGGCUGAUGGUUCCGUGCAGAGCGCUGACCUGUUCACACCUGCAGUGCUUUGAUGCUACACUCUAUAUCCAAAUGAAUGAAAAGAAGCCCACCUGGGUGUGUCCCGUCUGUGACAAAAAGGCCCCUUACGAGCACCUCAUCAUUGACGGGUUGUUUAUGGAGAUUCUGAGCAGCUGUGUGGACUGUGAUGAAAUCCAGUUUAAAGAGGAUGGCAACUGGGCACCUAUGAGGUCUAAGAAGGUGGUACAAGAGGUCUCUGCCUCUUCAAAUGGACUAGACGGGUCCUGUCGGCCAGUCUCGUCUGAGCACAGAAACAGCUCGUCUCAGUCGGGCGGCGGCAGUAACAGUAAGAAGGUGGAGAUCAUCGACCUGACGUUGGACAGCUCCUCAGAGGAUGAGAACGACGAGCAGCCGCCCGCCAAGAGAAGCUGUCCGUCUCUCUCCCCGACCUCUCCACCCGUCAGCAAAGGCAGCGUGUUGAAUCUGCACCAUCAGGGUUCUCCGGUGACACGUGCCCCCAGCAUGCCUGCUGUAGACACCAGCUACAUCCCCCCGCCCCCACCCCUCAUCCAGGAUUACCGAACCCACUAUUACCACACGCCAAACGACCUGACAGAUUUGGGUUACUUCCCAUUUUUACAAGGAGACAAUCAGCAUUUUAACAUGGUCAUGGCUGCGGCCGCCGCCGCAUCAGCCUCCGCGACCACAUCAGAAGAGCACGAGCUCCUGCUCAACCGCUUCAUGCCGUACGGCACCUCCCAGCUGUUCCUGGAUCAGUCGGGGACCCCAGUGAGCAGUGUGCUGGCCCCAGCCAACAGCAGCGGAGGGAGCAGCAGCGGGAGCAGUAGCAGCCUGGUCUCCUCCAGCAGCCUGAGGGACAGCCACGCCCACGUCAGCGCCUCGCGAUCCAGCGCAGACGCCGCUGCCUCUGUCAUAUACGGCUCCAUACCUGACGUCAUAUCCCUGGACUGACCACCGGGGGGAGCCAGAACUUUGUAAACACAG